AUGCAGAACGAGGAGGGUAAGAUGGUGGAACUCUAUGUCCCUAGGAAGUGCUCUGCCACAAACAGGAUCAUCACUGCCAAGGACCAUGCCUCAGUCCCGAUCAAUAUUGGGCACUUGGAUCAGAAUGGGUUGUAUGAUGGCAACUUCACCACAUUUGCUCUCUUUGGAUUCGUCCGCGCUCAGGGUGACGCGGACAGUUCUUUGGAUAGGCUGUGGCAGAAAAAAAGGGCUGACAUCAAGCAGUAG